UAAGUGGCUCUCUCAGGGAUUGAACUCCCAACCUUGGGUUUACCAAGCCAUUACUUAAGCCACUGAGCUAUCCUGCUUGUUGAAAUAAAUAGGUUUAAGCACACACCCCACCCUCACUGAAUAGCCAGAAUGUUUGCAAUUACUUACCUUUGUUCCUGUAGGGUUACAAUUGAUUAGUGAGUUGGAUGGUGAGUUCUGAUUAAUAUGAAACGCUAUUGGACAGUUUAAAUGUAACCAGGGGUAAUGGUGAAGCACUAUUGGGCAGUUUAAAAGACCCAGGAGUUGGUGGAAUGCUAUUGGACAGUUUAAAUGUAACCCCUGGGGUAAAGGUGGAGCACUAUUGGGCAGUUUAAAAGACCCAGGAGUUGGUGGAAUGCUAUGAGUCAUUCUUGCUAGAAAAACACCUCACCCCCAAACUUUAAGCAUGAAAGAAACAACCCCAAGACAUUAACUGAUUUUGCAAAAGGGGACCCUGCACUUGGAAAUGGGGUACUGUUUAACACUGUAAGAAAGCCACAAAUGUAUUUUAACUUACAGGGGUGGAGGAAGCCCUAUUGUGUAUAUAGCAUGGUUCCCACAACAGAGAUACAAAAGGGUGUUCUGCAGAAUCUAUUAUUUGAGAGCUGUGGUGAUUAAAUUAACCUGUUAGCAACUAUGUUGAAACAAUGGGGCUAAGAGGGUAUAAAAACCUUAGGUAUGCUGCAGUCUGUCCUUUUAACAGAAAAUCUUUUUACAUAACUGCUGGACUGCAAAAAGAGGUAAGCUUGCUGUCUCUAACUCUGAAACUACUGCCACUUUUUGCCCAUGCUGUCUUUAGUAAAUAAUGGUGCCUAUGCUUAUUGCAGUGUGAUCUGUUUUAGCAUGGAACCAGUAACUUCAAACUGCAUUUUACCACCAGGCCAAGGCCCACACACACAUGGGGGGAACCAGAACAAUCAUGUUCCAGCAACACUUUAUCCCAUAGUGAAAGUACUGUCAAAACAUGACCAGAGGGAAAACAAACUCAAAAGAAAAAGAGAGGAGACAGCUGAAAAGGAAAAUUCACCAGCAUCAGUGACUGAUGGACGGAUGAAGCCUAGCAUGGGCAACCUUUCUGAAAAUACUGUAGUCAGCGCUACAAGGACACCUCCUCCAGAACCACCAAAGAAACUCAAAAGAAAAAGAGAGGAGACAACUGAAAAGGAAAAUUUACCAGCAUCAGUGACUGAUGGACAGAUGAAGCCCAGCAUGGGCAACCUUUCUGAAAAUGCUGUAGUCAGCGCUACAAGCACACCUCCUCCAGAAGAACUACCAAAGAACCAAAAAUCUGCUUUGAGACCUUUAACAACGCAAAACAGCACUGAAGUGCAGAUGAAGCAUCCGGGCAGCCCAGACCUCAUAUACGUGAAACCCAAGGACAAAACAAAAGACUCUGGUAAAAAGCAACCACACAAACACAACUCCAGUUGCUCAGCGGCUACAGCCACACCAAGCCCUGAGAAAACUGUGAGCGAAAAUGCCCACAUUCACAAACCCAGAGCACGCACUCUAGGGGUUCUGAAGGUGCGCAAACCUGGAGCAUGUGAUGUAUGGGCUCCAUAUAAAAAACCAUGGACUAGAAGCUUCUGCGAUGCCAAGGUGUUGCAACCACACAAACACAAUUCCAGUUCUUCAGCGGCCACCGCCACAGCAAGCCCUGAGAAAACUGUGAAAGAAAAUGCCCACGUUCACAAACCCGGAGCAUGCGCUCUAGGGGUUGUGAAUAAAACACCGAGCACUGACAAAACAUUCUCCCAAAACCAUAAGCUCGCCACAGCUCCCCCAAGUUCUAGUGUUUGGGAAGAGUUUGAUGCUUCCAUCAGAAAAGUGAUGGAUGCUGUAUCCUCGGGGAGUCUAAAAGAACGGCCUUCUAGAAAGACUUGGGAAAAAUAUGAUGCUUUGUUCAGAGCAAUGUUAAAAGACAGGAGGGCUGAAAAGGGUGUCUCUGAGCAGGCAUGACUAGUCGUGGAAAGGGGCCUGGGUAAAAGGGGCACCCUCCAGAGUACACAUCAGCUUAUGUGUAAACAAAAGGGGGGACAGCGCUUGAGGGAUAAACGGAUGGCUGCCAAAAAGUUUCAGGCCAGGGUGGCUGUAAAAAUCUUAAAAAGGGCUAAAGAGGUAAUGAGGAAAA